CUCGUGAACCUGUGCAGUGUAAAAUCUGUCUCUUGUUCAAGUGCGGCUCCAAAGCGGAAGUGCUUGUAGUCCGCGAGGCCAAGAGCAGCGGCAACUUAACAGCAAGAUGGCUCAGAGACUACUGUUUCGCAGAAUUUGGACAGCUGCUACAAAAGAACUCCGUCAGAAUUCAGGCCUCUCAGCUUCUAUUGCUUCAUCGUCCUUCUCCACGUCCCUUCAGCCCUCCUCAAACCGUGGACCCUUCUUGACAUCUUCCCGUAGCCUGCCUCGCUCCCUACCUCUCGCCUUUCACAGAUUAGUGUCUUUUAAUGUCCAGGACCAAGAAGACUUCACAGAGAGGGUCAUCAACAGUGAACUGCCCGUUUUAGUUGACUUUCAUGCACAGUGGUGUGGUCCUUGUAAAAUCCUUGGUCCACGGUUGGAGAGGGCUGUUGCGAAACAGAAAGGCAGAGUAGCCAUGGCUAAAGUUGAUAUAGAUGACCACACAGACCUAGCAAUUGAAUAUGGGGUUUCUGCUGUCCCAACUGUAAUCGCGAUCCGAGGAGGCGAUGUUGUUGACCAGUUUGUAGGAAUAAAAGAUGACGACCAGCUAGACUCAUUUGUCAGCAAGGUCAUUGGACAAUAAACCAGCGGCCUCCUGUUGGGCCAUUAUUGCAGCAAACAGUUUGCCCACAUAAUAUAUGUGCUUAUAUUAGUAUUAAGAUUUGUGUGUCAUGAGUAAUGAAAAUCUGCUAUGUCCUAUGAAGCUCUCAGACACAAUCUGCCUCUUCACAUGUUUGAAUGUUUCUAUUUUAAUUUAACUUUUCAUCUUCACAUCUAAACUCAAGACAUAUUUACUAACUGUAUUUACAGAGUUUUCUAUUCUGUGUAUUCAGACACAAGUUUACUACACACAAAUCUUAGUACCUCAAAAUAUGCACAUAAUUUAGCUAAAAUGACAACAUGUACCAUUACCGAUAGCUCAUAGUUAUCGCUGCUGUCUUUUAUUCCCCCCCUUAUGACAUGUUCAAUAACUCCUUCCGCCAUUUUGAGCCUGUUAUCUCACUAGCAAUGUAUCAUAGCCAUAAUUCACUGGCAUUCUGUCAACACACACCCAUCCCUAGAUAUAAUGCUUCAGCUGUUUAAUAACAUUUUUGAAUUUGUCUGUUUUCUCCCCAGUGGUGGGUGUGUGCCUCUAGACUAUACUGUGUGGUUACGGUCAUCGUCUGAUUUACAUGUUUUAUUUUUUUAUCAACAUUGGAGAGCUGCUGAAAGCUUGUGUACUAUGAAUUACUAUAGCUUCUCUGUAAGAUGUAUUGUUUUAGGAAAGGGCAAACUUAAAUGACUAUUGAAUGACAGUGUUACGUGCAGUACCUGUUUCAUACUCAAGGUGGUGGCGUUUUCAAUUCAAGAGCCAUUUUUUGACGUUAUAUACACCAAUAUGCCUACUAAUGUGAGAGUGAGUGAGUGCGAGUUUGUAUGUGUAAUGUGUGAGAAUGGGUCUUAAGUGUAAAAAUGAACUCAAGUCAAACGAGUUUAAUUUAGUUUAUACUAAAAUGAAUGAAUGGAUUUAUGUUCAUAACAUGACCAAGUGAAGUAAUAAAGUGUGGGGGAAUAAUGUUUUCUGUA